AUGACUGUGCCAAGAAACUUUAUGAAGAUAAUGAAAGAAAAUACAAAUAUUCAAAUAACAAAAAUUAAACAAAAAAUCCAGCAAUUAAUCAAUCAGAAUACUGCCGAGAAUGAGGCUCAAAAAAAACUCUUAAAUUAUCUAUUUAGAAAACUUGAUGAAUUAAAAGAAAUCGAAACUAUGGAAAGAUUAAAAGAAUAUGCGGGAGGUAAAUAUUUAAAGGCUUAUCUUCUGUAUAAAUCAAUCAUGCGAGCCAAUUACCAGCCUGAACACCUAAAUAUUACCAAUUAUGGCAAUAGUGCUGAUUAUUUAAAAGCAAUUGAUAGUGAUAUUGAAUUAUUAAUUAAAAAGGAUAAUAAACAGCCAACAAUUCAACCAACCAGCAGGCAAUUAUUAAUUAUGUUAGGAGAAAAGAUAAAAGCGGGAGAAGUUGAAUUUAUUUGUGGCAUUGGUUCAGGAGACAUCCUUUUAAUCAGGGAUGGACAGGGAGAAGCAACCAUGAGUUUAGAUUUACAAACUGGUAAAAUAGAACCCGACCCAGUCAAAGAGUUAUUAGAAAAACAUGGUUGGGAGGAUAAGGAAAAAUAG